AUGGGGCGGCGAAACAAUUUGCCAGAUUUGGAUUCCGUAGCUGCGACUAAAGAGGCUCUCCGCUCUAUCCAGAAGAACGAUGCAGAUGACGUCGUGUUCCUUUUCCUUCUCUCAGGGGGUGGUUCAGCUCUGUUCUGUGCUCCUGAUGGAAUUUCCCUGGACGCAAAACUUUCCACGAUAAGAACUCUCACAGCAAAUGGUGCCGAUAUCCGGGUACUCAAUGCAUUUCGACAGAAAUUGUCCGCAGUGAAAGGAGGAAAAACGUUGAAUUUUGUGAAGAAAGGAACGGUGAUCAGCUUGCUGAUAUCGGACCUAAUCGAUGACCUGAUACAGUUUAUCGCAAGCGGUCCUACUAUUCCACAGACGGCUUCCAUGCAAGAAUUGUCUCGGAAAAUCAUUACAUCUCCGAAAUGGACAUCGUUGCUAUCAUCAGAAAUACUGGACAAGGUCCAGGAAUCCUCACCGUCCACGUUGGGUAGUUCUGAACCACACAACAUCAUCAUUGCUUCAAAUAGUUAUGCUCUCCAGGAAAUGAAGGAUUUCUUCAAUUCACUUGGAUACGAUUCGCAUAUUGUGAGCUCUGGGCUUGAGGGUAAUGCUACAGAGGUUGGGCGAUAUUUUGCUGAGAUAAUCUGUGCUGGAAAAGACGGUCUACCAACAAAAUUGGAGAAAUUUGGCAAGAAAACUAAAUUCCAAGGCGACAAGGUUGCUUUACUGUUCGGUGGCGAGACGACUGUUGUACUUCAUGGUAAAGGACGAGGAGGACGAUGUCAAGAAAUGGCACUCUCUUGUCUGAUAUCGCUCAGCUCAAACUCUGUUCCCCUUCCACCAUUCCUGUUUUUAGCAGCUGGAACUGAUGGGCAGGAUGGGCCCACUGAUGCAGCUGGGGCGCUUAUCUCUAAUGAUGACAUCAAGGACGAUUUAGUAAAAGAGGGUAACAGCUACCUGAACACGUCAAACUCGUACGAGUUCUGGUCUGCAUACAACGAUGGUAAAAACCACAUCAAAACAGGACCAACUGGUACCAAUGUUAUGGACGUUCAGAUAGUUUUGCUCCACUUUAAAGAA